UCACGCCGAGCUUCAAGCCAUGGUCAGUUUUCAGGCCAUCGUCAAUCGAAGGUUACGAGAUGGAUCUGAUACUACCGGAAACCGGUUGGACCGCAUCGUUCGCAUCGCUGGGGCUGAUUACAACAUUUGGCGUUUCGAUACCGGUUGGGUUCAACAUUGGCGUAAUCAAUGCUCCGUCAGAGUUCAUCAAAAGCUGGAGCUAUGACACAAUUUCCCACGUCUACGGUGUGCAGCUUUCCGACGCUGCGCUGAGCGCAACGUUUGCAGCAACGGUUUCGAUCGCCUUAAUCGGUGGAGUUAUGGGAUCCCUAGGAGGAUCAUAUUUGGCCGAUAAAUGCGGACGGAAAAAGUCGUUUCUAUUUUGUGCCAUUCUCCUAACGGCCGGUGCAUGCUGUUUCCAGUUUUGCCGCGCGGCCUCGUCGGUAGAGCUACUGCUGCUGGGAAGGUUGCUGGUUGGGCUGGCAUCCGGAUUGACCACCAGUGUGGUUCCGAUGUACCUGGCAGAGGUAUCACCGAUCAAACUGCGCGGAGCAAUGGGAGUCCUGUGCCCGUUGGGUCUUACCGCUGGCGUAGUCGUUGGCCAAGUGACUAGCCUAGAGCAGGUGCUGGGAACCGAGUUGCUCUGGCACCAUGCACUCAGCUGCUUCGGGCUGCUGAAUGUGAUUUGCUAUGCGUUCUAUUUUUGGCUACCGGAAAGUCCCAAGUAUCUGUACAGCGUGAAAGGUGACCAAGCGGGUUCGCUGAGGGCCAUUCGAAAGCUCUACGGACGUCAUAGCAUCGGCGACGACUACAUCAAACUUCAAGUGGAGUGUGCUACCGGAAAUGGUAACACUGUAACUGCUGAGCCGGACAACCACCAACCCCAAGCUAGCCGCUCGCUGUGGUCCGUACUGUGUGACCCAACGCUCAGGUUACCCCUGAUUUUGGUGUGCGCCCUGCAAGGAGGCCAACAGUUCUCCGGAAUAAAUGCGAUAUUUUUCUACUCAGUUUCCAUUUUUGAAUCCGUGGGCUUCAGUUCUACUGCGGCAAAGUUCGCCAACCUGGGCGUUGGGUGUUUGAACCUGUUUGUUUCGUUUUUCGGGCCCCUGCUGAUGGCGCGCUGCGACCGUCGGUUAUGCUCACUAAUAUCGUGUUCCGGGUGUGCCGUCAUCCUUUUCGUCUUCACCAUGGCGGUCUACUUUAUCGAUAUGGUGACAUGGUUUUCGUUCGUUAGUGUCGGAACCAUCUUGCUGUACAUUAUCUUCUACCAAAUCGGUCUUGGGCCGAUACCUUUCUUCAUUGGUUCGGAACUUUUUGAGCUUGGUCCUCGACCUGCGGCAAUGGCUAUGGGAAGCCUUUCCUCGUGGGGAUGUAACUUCAUUGUUGGAAUGGCUUUUCCAACGCUACAGCAAGCCUGGGGCGCAUUUGUCUUUCUUCCGUUCUCAAUUACGUGUGUUCUGGUGACGUUAUUGGUCAAAUUUUAUCUCCCAGAAACGAGAGGCAAAGAGAUAGGUGACGUUGUGAAGAAAGUUUCGUUUGGCUUCCGUUCCAGAGUGUUAAAUGAUUGAGUAAGAUUGAAAUAAAUUGGAACAUCUACAGUUUAC